CAAAGAUCCUGACUCUUCAGCCUCUUCUGUACGCCGGAUCUUUGCCCACUGGCACGCCGAGGAUGUCAAACUACCUAGAUAGUUAUCGUCACCACCACACCAUUUCGUUGUAGAGCACGUAAUGGUGAUAAUGGGUCACAGAAAAUGAGACCGGUUCCGAAACCGCAUGUUUUCACGCUGCUCUUGGGUCCACUGACCUGAACGAUAGAGGCCGAGUGCAGGUAUAGGCUAACUGUUGGAGCACACAGCUCAUCACAGGCCCUUGAAGAGAACAGGGCAUUGCCUGAAAUCCUGCUACAACUUUUGCUUGGAAAUCGAAAACGGUUGAGGGGGUUGAACAUUUGCUUAAAGUGUAUUGUAGUUUCAGGCUCCCGGUACCGCCAAGAUGAGUUCGCCUAUGCCGGGGUUGGGUGUAUUCAGGCAAUCUUCGAGCUGUUGUUGAACGAACACUGCGAGUUUGGAAGGAAUUGAUCAGAACUUGCGGAUAACUUACAAUGCAGUCAAACAGCGAACUCGUCCCAACUCUGCAUCAUCUCAAUAAUUCACAGUCGCAACGUAUUCUCUGGCUUCUCGAGGAACUUGAAAUACCAUACAACCUCGUCCUUCACAAACGUGAGGAGUCUGGUCCUAACAAGUCGAGGGCGCCACGGGAAUUGAAAGCAACACAUCCAUUAGGCAGAGCACCUCAGCUGGAGACAGGCGAUUCCCGGACUAUCGUGGAAUCCCUGGUCAUAGCGAGGUACCUGAUCGAGACCUACGACAAGGACGGGAGAUUCAAAGGUGAUGGCGCGGGGGCCGACUGGAUACGCGAUGAUGAACUGUGCAAUCUUGCAUCUGCGACAAUCAGUGUCCCGAUGAACGUGGAAGUCGUCUUCUCCCUUCUCGUCCAAGCUUCACCCUUCUUCAUCCGGCCGUUGGUCUCGGUUAUCCAUAAACAGCUACACAAGGCGUUUACAGGACCUGAGCUCGAUUUGUAUCUACAGUAUCUGAACGAUCAGCUGGGUGAGGCCGACUAUUUCAUGGGAUCCUCGCCAGGCCGUGCCGACUUCAUCAUCUCGUGGCCGGUGGAUGUAUGUGUUCAGAACGGUUUCAUAGACUUUGCAAGAUAUCCCAAGCUAGAGGCCUGGUACAAAAGAUGUCACGAGCGUCCUGCGUGGAAGAGAAGCAUUGAAAAGGGUAACGGCUACUCCCUCAAGUUCAAGAUCUAGGGCUGUCAGUGUCUCAGUGUGUCUGCCUUCACACGGCCUCUUGAUGCGGGUGGGAGGCAAUGCCACAGAUAUCGUUGUCUCUCUACCAUGAGCUGGUUUAGCUGGAGUUUGAGGCCAGAGACAAAGGGCAGUCUGACUCGGUUGUAAUGUGAUUUUUCCAGUCGGAGAAUCACCGAGGCGCAUAUUCAUUACUGGACAACCGUCAGCAUGUACCUACUAUGUAGAUACCCAAAGCAAUUGUUCUGUUCCCGUGGUAAGCAUGACCAUCACGGUCUUGGACAGCCAUAUCGUCAUCUCGUACUCGGAAAGAUACCGGUAGGGACAGUGCGUUGUUCGAGUUGUCAGGUCAGGGCGGAGCAAUCGAUAUCCG